UGAAUCUUCACUCUUGACCCUUUCGAAUGUCCAAUUAAUUACCCUGGCCCAAGAUUUCAAGUCCUUUUCAUAUAGGAAUAGCUCAACAAUACCCAGAGAGUUUGGAAUGAGUGCUUCUUCUAGUUUCAUUAUUGAUAAAAUAAAAGGUUCCAUCACUUUCUUUGAACUUAAAAGAUUAAUUAAAGGAAUUUCGGGAUUAAUUGAUGACUUAAGGUACCUUUCACAUCAGAUAAAUGCCCUCGAAAAAUCAGUUCUAACAGAUAAACAGAAUCUAGAUGCAGACUCACAUCCAUCUGGAUCUUCUGCCUUGCUACAGAAUUCAAUUUACUUCAAACAAAGAAGAUCAAGAAGACCGGUUGGUAACUUCGCAAAUAACUCAAUGUUAUUAAACCCCAACAGAUCUGCUUCUCCUACUCCGAGAAUACUUAUCAAAUCUAUUGAAUUUAAAAUCACUCAAGUGUUUCCUAAAUUUGGUGAUUUGAUUUUCAAAUCGAAUCAGAUUGUUUUCCAUAAGCUCAAUAAUGAUAUACAUGGCUUCAUUUUAUCUUUAGAAGCUUACAGAUCUUUCGAAAAUGGUUCCAAGAAAGACCAUUUUAUCUAUGAGUACCAAAAAACGCCAGCGUCAUCGAUAAAGCUUCCAUUGAUACUCAUUCAAGUCAAUCGGAGUGAAAAAAUGAAAGCGAUUGAUAUCAUUUUAAAGAACUUUGCUAUAGAAUACUAUACGCAUUGGCUUCAAUUAUUUGAAAAGGAGUUGAACCAAGAUCACUCUCCAGAUGCAAUAGUGGAAAAAGUCCAAAAAAGCGCACCAAUGGCUGCGAAUACUUCAGACCGCUUAGAAGUUCACUUCACAACCUUAGAUUGUGUCUUGGGACUCAACCCGGGAAGAUUGCCUAGUAAACUAUUAGUCGUUGUUGGGAAAGGAAAUUUUGAUUUGACAGUUGGUACAGUCCAGCUAUACGUGAAAAGUUCACUUAGAGACUGCAACCUAUUACUAGUUGAUGAUAUGAGAAAUAUGAAGGCUGCACCACCCACAAAUUUGUCGAGUAACAUUGCCUAUAUUUCUCCAGUUGCAUGGUUAAAUUCUAGUGGCUUUCAUUCCAUUGGUUUUAUCAAUUGUACACAUGUUGGGAUUACUAUUAACACUGAUAUUGAAAGUAUCAAGAAAAGAAAUGAAAAAUUUAAAAUUCCAGGUAAUUUGUCGCUAUUAGAUUUAAAAGUUAAUUCGGAUGACCAUCAAUUAGACCUAUGUGCUGAUUCAGCUCAUGUAUUAAUACAAAUUGUGAAUGAUUUGAGAACACCGGUUGUGCUCAAUGAUGAUGAGAAGUUUAGAAUUAACGUUCUGGAACCAUGUAAUUUGUUGAAUGACAUUGAAGAUGAGUUCAAAUAUAAAUCACAUGAGUCAUCUUUAUCUAACUCACUCAAAUUAGACAAUGACACAUUAUCAGAAUCCAGAAAAGAAUCCCAGUUGAAUGUGAUCGAUGAAUACUACAAUGACCUUGACAAAAACAUUAGUAAAUUAAGCAUUUCAUCCGAUAGUAGCUCACGUUCUGAAAAUAAAGGCAACACGGCCGAUGAGUCUGGCUUUUCCUUUGAUGAAGAUCACUUUUCGAAUAAUGUUGAUAAUAACGAAAUAAAGGUUUAUCCUGUGAAGUUGAAUGUCAACUUAUCCAAAACGAAGAUUCUUCUCUACGAUGGAUACGACUGGAAACAAACAAGGAAAGCCAUCAAAGGUGCAGUUAAAAGAGUUGAAGAUCGUGCCAGACGAGAACUCGAGAGAAAGAAAAGACUUUCAAGAGAACGUCGUGAAUUAAAGGAAAAGGAAUUAGAGUCAUUGAAGUCUCAGAAGCAAAAGAAAUCAGGUAGUGAAAGUAAAAAAUCAGUUGUCCAAUUCGCUGACGUUAGUGAAGAAGAGGAGAACCAUAACAAAUUGGAUAAAGAAAGCGUUAUUGAAAAUGAGGAUGGCUUCGAUAAUGACUAUCAAGAUAUAGGUGAGACCUUAUUUGCAUCAGUUCAUUUGUCAUUACCAAAAGGAUCUGAUCCAUCUGAUUUGGCAACAGCUAUCAACAGUGAAGUUCAAAACGAUGAAGAAAUCAGCAAAAGUGAAAACAACAUACAAGAGGAUACUCAAUUUGUUCACAACAUUGACAUUGGAAAAAGUUACAAAAAUCUAAGAUUACGCCGGUCCAAAUAUCAUAAAGUAAUGAUCGACUUGAAAAAUAUCGAGGUUAAUGUAACGGUUGUGUCAACUCGUGACCCUAGAAUUGAACAACUUAAAGACAGUGAUGCACAAUAUGAGGUUGUUAAUAGUGUAGAUUUCAAGCUUGAUAACCUUGAUAUCAUUGAUAAUGUUCCUACUUCCACUUGGAAUAAGUUUAUCACAUAUAUGAAUAGUUUGGGUGAACGAGAAGUGGGGACAAGUAUGUUAAAGUUUUCAUUGAUCAAUGUUAGACCAGAUAUAAAGCUAUGUGGAACAGAAGCUAUGAUGAAUGUAUCUGUUCUUCCCUUGAGGCUUCACAUAGAUCAGGAUACACUUGAUUUCAUAUCUAGAUUCACGCAAUUCAAAGAUAAUAGGUUUCUGCUACCAAUUGAUGAUAUAAUAUACAUCAAAAAAUUUCAAAUGAGUCCAAUUAAGCUCAAGCUAGACUACAAACCCAAGAAAUUCGAUUAUUCUGGUAUAAGAUCAGGCAAUCAUGCUGAGUUCAUGAAUAUUUUUAUACUUGAUGGGUCAACUAUCAAAUUGCCCGAAGCCACUAUACAUGGAGUCUUAGGUAUCCCGAAAUUAGGGAACGCCUUAAAAGAUGUUUGGACUCCAAGUAUUCAACAGACUCAAUUGGCUGGUAUUUUAUCUGGAUUAUCGCCAAUUAGAUCGAUUGUGAAUAUUGGAGGAGGGGUGAAAAGUUUAGUUGCAAUUCCUAUCCAAGAAUAUAAGAAGGAUGGUAGAUUGAUGAGAAGCCUACAAAAAGGAACAACUUCAUUUGCUAAAACUACUGGAUAUGAACUUUUGAAGUUAGGGGUCAAAUUAGCAUCAGGAACUCAAAUAAUUUUGGAACAGUCGGAGGAGUUUUUGGGCGGCGAAGGAGCUUCUGCAAGACUACCUUCGAAUGUACAAAAGAAAAGGCACAGAAAGCGAAAGAAUCACGAAUUCAGAAGAAGAUCAAACGAUGAUGAGUUUGAGGGCCAAGCAUUCAACAGGAAUCGAGAAAAAGGCCACGAACAGCCUAACUUAAUGGCAUCAUCACUGUUACUAAACAAAAGAGUGGGAGUUCAAGAUGAUCAAUAUGGAAGCAAAAAACUUUAUUCUUACAUUGAAUUAGAUGAAACUCACGAUAUAGAUGAACAGAUAUUGAACCUGUCAUCAGCACUAAUGUUGAAUAAAAGAGGUCGACCUCAAAACAAGGGUAUUCUCAGAAACAAAAAUAACCCAGAUUCUUCUGCUGAAUACGAAGAAUUCGACGAUCUCACCGAUGAGUAUACCGGAGAGAAUUUCAAAGAAGAUGAUUUUGAUGAGGAAGAAGAUUACGAAGUGGACGAAGACGAAGAAGAUUACACUGAAGCAAUCGAACUCAGCGAAGAAGACCAAGCUAAGCUCAUCAGUCUAUACUCCAAUCAGCCAGAAAAUACCCAAGAAGGGAUCAAAUCGGCAUAUAAACUGAUUGGGAAGAAUCUAAAGAGCACAAAGAAAUCAUUAAGCCAUUUACGUAGGGAAAUAGAAGACGCAGAAACAAUUCAAGAUUCACUAGUGUCAGUUUUCAAAUCAUCUCCGGUUAUUUUGAUCAGGCCCUUAAUAGGCACCACCGAAGCACUACUGAGAGCAAUGAUGGGUCUAAGUAACGACAUUGAUUCCAGGCACAUAAUAGAAACAAAAGAUAAGUACAAACUGGAGAAACAAAACGAAUAACAAUAGCCUAUUAUUUCUGCAUUUUUAAAUACACAGUUACCUAAUAAUACCAAC